AAAUACCAGAUGUUCAGCUCAGGUAACCUGGGGUUAGAAUACCAAAAGGACAAAAAAAAAAAAAAAAGAAUACCAAAAGGAAGUCUCUCUUGAAGCAGAUGCUGAAAAUGGGAAUUGAGAUCAGGAAAGCGGAAGUCCAAGUAAGAUGGGUAGAAGAAUCAGUACUCUUCCUUAUAAGACAGCUCGACAGAGGACUCACCUAGAGAACCUGGGAGAGUCUGACACCUGCUGCAGGUACCCCCCGUCAGUUUCUCUGUGCCAGCAACCUUCCGUGCCCUGCAGGGCUCCACUGUGAUGCAGGUCCUGAGAGAACCUCUCUGGAGUAUCCAGAUCAUAGAAAUCAUGGUUCAUGAUUAAACUGGGACAUGGAGAUGGAGUCAUGAUUGCUAGGGACAAACACAUGUUAAGCUCUUGAAGUCCAGUAAUCACGGGACUGGCUUAUUCACUCUGCAGUUAUUUAUUGAGCUCCUACUAUCUGAGGUAAAAGCUGAGGGUGCAUCAUUGAACCCUACAGAUAAAAGCUCUGCACUGGUGAAGCUGACUGCCGAGUGGGUAGACACACAAAAGAGUUGAAAUAAUUAUAUAGUCCAUUAAACAGAGGUAAAAUUACAUUGAGAAGAGCCAAACAGGAAGUAGUCUUCAGAAUUGGAUUCCCCGAGGAUUUUCAACUCUUUCAAAGCUAGCAAAGGGAAGAUUGGUAUUUAUAAAAAUACAAAACAUACCACAUCUGACGUUCCUUCCUGUUUCUGUUAACUCUGUUGAUCAGCUAAAGAGAAAUAGCCACUAUUUCUACAACCAACCAGGAGGUGUAGAGCACAAAAGGGAUUUAAGUAGGGUGGGAGAGAGAACAGCUAUGUUACAUUCAAGUACAAUGAAAAAUAUACUCGAACACGUUUUGUUAGCGAGCUGGCUGUUUAUGGUCCACAAGGCACAAGCAUCUCCAACGAGGAGGCUGGAAAUUAUUUAAAAUCUUCUAAUCCUGUUUACUUCCAACUGAGCUGACAAGUAGAAGCCACUCGAAUAAGGGUGUGUGUGUGUGGGGGGGGGUGUUUUAUUACAUACAGACUUUGUAUAUCUUCAACAACUCAGUCACCUUCCUAAAAAAUUACAUUCUCAUCUUUAAGUAGGAAUAUUCAUCAAGGAAAGUAUUACGUGAACUCCUGUAUAGUGGAUAUUCACUCAGUCUGCCUUUAGUUCCUUAUUUUAAAUAGCUUAUUUUUUCAAAUUACCAUGUGCAGAGGCCUUUAAAUUCAACACCGGCUGGGGUCCAAGGCAAAAACGAGUAGUAACGAACUCAUUCCUAUGUUCACCUCUCCCCGAGGCGCCAGUGUCACUUCCUACUAGACCUCACCACCGGAACAUCCCACAGCAAACUCAGCGUUUUAAAAACCUUAGUCAUCCCGCUUCUCCACCAACCAGUUUUCAGGCUUGACCAUGGGGCCAAAACCAGGGUGGUCGCUCAUUCUCGAGCCCUGGGGCAUCUUAGCAUCUGGUCCACCGCUGCCGGUCCUGGCUGGUACCUGAGUAACCCUGGAAUCCGUGCCUUAAGCUACUUCGCAGUGCGCCUUCCCGCAGGUGCUCAAGAGUGAUGCUACGUGAAAGUACCUGAAAGUAUUUGCUGUUAUCCCCUUCUCUUCACACUCAGUCACAGGUUCAAGGCUUCUUUCUUGCUCUUAGCCCUUGGAUUACUGAUCUAGUCUCUGACCUGCAUUGCUCAUUUGCCCCUGCUUGUGAAUCCUCUCUUGCUGUGACCCAAGCAGCAAAUACUAAAUUUCUAAAUUUGGAAUUGGACGCGGACCAGGUUGUUUCACGUCCUUACAUAAAACCCUUCACGGUACCAGGGUCUCAUGAGGACCUGAACCUAAACGGCCUUCUCACCUCACUGCCUUCAACUUUCCCACGGAAUCCACUCCUGAGAGCAAUACUUGGUCAACCCUGAGCUAUGCCAACCCCCUAAUAAAAGCAGGAAACCGUAAUUAUGCUAGUGAGUUAUCCUGGAUUCAAAGUGAGAGAGCAGAAUUGCUCACCAGCCUGCUCCUGGGUCUUCCAAUGAGAACUGGAAUAACACCUCGUGCUUUAUGACAAAGCCAUUCGCCCAACUGCAUUCAUUCCUGCUUCCUCUCGUCAUCUCUCCCAUCAGCCAGCGCUAGUCCAGUUCUUCCGUUAGCACCACUUAAAUUUGCUCCCAUCAUUUUCACAACACUCCUUGUUCAGGCCCUCGCUGCUCCGCCUUUGAGGGUGCAGUAGGAUCCUGCCCUUUGCCUUCGUUCUGUCUCCCUUCCCUUCUGAAUUCGAGUAGCUCUCGUGCCCCGUGUGGUUCGUCUUCCUAACACGCUGCUUGCCUUCUGCUGUAGAACCCACAGUGGUUCUCUUUGGGGAGUCAGCUCAAGCCAUACGCUUGGUUCUGGAAUCUUAGGUCCUAAGUGUCCUCGCCAGCUCGCCUCUUUGUGAAACCGCCUCCCUCUGGCUCUGAAGACGCUGUCCUCAGUGGGACCCCCUGUCUCAUGGCUCUUCCUCACUCAGGGCCUCACUGCUCGUGCCUUUGCCCAGGUGGAGUCCUUCCUGCUGCUGCUGCUGCUGCGUGUCCUGGAACGUUCAGGUGCUUCGUGCCCACUCCGAUUGUUGACCUUUGCGAGAGGCGCCUCCGGAUGGUGUGAACACCACGAUGCUGGUGUCAGGGGACCAAGCUCUUUGUUCACCAGACAUCUGACUCAGUUGCGAAGAGUGGUCCUUAGCUUAUGCAAGAUCCAGCAGGGGGUAGAUGACGCAGUCAGGACUUGAUCUUAACCAUGCGGCUACCCUCCCUUCCUCCUAAGAGUCUCAGGAAUUUUUCAAGUGGAAACUAAUUGCAGAGUUUCCGGUUGACCAGCCUUCACAGGAUUAGGAAGGCUGGCCCCCACACCGCAUUCUGCUUCCCUGUGACCCUGGAGAAGCUAUUGUACACCUCGAAAUCUGCUUCCUCAUUUGUGAAGAGUCAGACUGCGAUUUUCAUGGUGUCUUCCUGGAUAUAACAGAGUCCAUGUGACUCUGAAAGGUCGGUCACCUGCAGAAGGAUCAGGAGGAGCAAAUGGACUGAAUGAAGACAAUCACAGAGAUGGUGUGUCUACGAAAUUUCAAAAGGUGUAGGCCUCCCGAUUGAAGCCCAGGCGACUGAUGGGAUCCAUUUUUUUUCAUUAGCUUCCCGUGUCCUCCCCCAAGGGCAAGUCAUGAUCACACUAACGGAGCUGAAGUGCUUGGCGGACGCCCAGUCGUCUUACCACAUCCUCAAGCCGUGGUGGGACGUCUUCUGGUACUACAUCACCCUGAUCAUGCUGCUGGUGGCCGUGCUGGCCGGAGCCCUGCAGCUCACGCAGAGCCGGGUCCUGUGCUGUCUUCCGUGCAAGGUGGAGUUGGACCAUCCGUGCGCCGUGCCUUGGGACGUCCUGAAAGCCAGCGGGAACGCGUCCUCCUCCGAUCCCGGGCCGCCGCUCCCGCUCCCGCUCCCCCUGAGGAUCCAGAACGACCUCCACCGCCAGCAGUACUCGUACAUCGACGCCGUCUGCUACGAGAAGCAGCUCCACUGGUUCGCCAAGUUCUUCCCCUACCUGGUGCUCCUGCACACGCUCAUCUUCGCCGCCUGCAGCAACUUCUGGCUUCACUACCCCAGUACCAGCUCCAGGCUCGAGCACUUCGUGGCCAUCCUCCACAAGUGCUUCGAUUCCCCGUGGACCACCCGCGCCCUGUCCGAGACGGUGGCCGAGCAGUCGGGGAGGCCCCCGGCGCUCUCCAAGUCCAAGGUCCUGCUCGCGUCCUCGGCGUGCUCGGCGGACGCGGACUGCCCCAAGCAGCCCCUGCCCUACCCGCAGCCCGGCCUGGAGGCGGCCGGCCUCGAAAGCCCGACUUCCAGCGUCCUGGACAAGAAGGAGGGCGAACAGGCCAAAGCCAUCUUCGAGAAGGUCAAGAGGUUCCGGCUGCACGUGGAGCAGAAGGACGUCAUUUACAGGGUGUACUUGAAGCAGAUCAUCGUCAAGGUCAUUCUCUUUGUCCUCAUCGUAACGUACGUGCCGUACUUCUUGACCUACAUCAGCCUGGAAAUCGACUGUUCGGUGGACGUGCAGGCUUUCACGGGGUACAAGCGCUACCAGUGCGUCUACUCCUUGGCGGAGAUCUUCAAGGUCCUGGCUUCCUUCUAUGUCAUCUUGGUCCUCCUCUACGGGCUCACCUCCUCCUACAGCCUGUGGUGGAUGCUGCGGAGCUCCCUGAAGCAGUAUUCCUUUGAGGCGCUGCGCGAGCAGAGCAACUACAGCGACAUCCCCGACGUGAAGAACGACUUCGCCUUCAUCCUGCACCUGGCCGACCAGUACGAUCCUCUUUACGCCAAACGCUUCUCCAUCUUCCUGUCCGAGGUCAGCGAGAACAAACUGAAACAGAUCAACCUCAACAACGAAUGGACGGUCGAGAAACUGAAAAGUAAGCUGGUGAAGAACUCCCAGGACAAGGUAGAGCUGCAUCUGUUCAUGCUCAGCGGGCUUCCAGACAACGUCUUCGAGCUGACGGAAGUUGAAGUGCUGAGCCUGGAGCUGAUCCCUGAGGUCAAGCUGCCCCCUGCCGUCUCGCAGCUGGUCAAUCUCAAGGAGCUGCACGUGUACCACUCCUCCCUGAUGGUCGACCACCCCGCCCUGGCCUUUCUGGAGGAGAAUUUAAAAAUCCUCCGCCUGAAAUUUACCGAGAUGGGGAAGAUUCCGCGCUGGGUGUUUCACCUGCGGAACCUCAGGGAGCUUUACCUGUCGGGCUGUGUUCUCCCUGAGCAGGUGAGCACCGUGCAGGUGGAGGGCUUCCAGGACCUGAAAAACCUGAGGACCCUGCACUUGAAGAGCAGCCUCUCCCGGAUCCCGCAAGUCAUCACAGACCUGCUGCCUUCGCUGCAGAAGCUGUCCCUUGACAACGAGGGCAGCAAACUGGUCAUGCUGAACAACUUGAAAAAGAUGGUCAACCUGAAAAGCCUGGAGCUGAUCAGCUGCGAUCUGGAACGCAUUCCACACUCCAUUUUCAGCCUGAACAAUCUGCAUGAGUUAGACCUCAAAGAAAAUAACCUGAAGACCGUGGAAGAGAUCAUCAGCUUUCAGCAUCUCCAGAAUCUUUCCUGCUUAAAGUUGUGGCACAAUAACAUCGCUUAUAUUCCUGCCCAGAUUGGGGCAUUAGCGAAUCUAGAGCAGCUCUCCCUGGACCAUAAUAACAUUGAGAACUUGCCCCUGCAGCUUUUCCUGUGCACCAAACUGCAUUAUCUGGAUCUAAGCUAUAACCACCUGACCUUCAUCCCGGAAGAAAUCCAGUAUCUGAGCAACUUGCAGUACUUUGCUGUGACCAACAACAACAUUGAGAUGCUACCAGAUGGGCUGUUUCAGUGCAAAAAGCUGCAGUGUUUACUUUUGGGGAAAAAUAGCCUGAUGAGUCUGUCCCCUCACGUGGGCGAGCUGUCGAACCUGACUCAUCUGGAGCUCGUUGGCAAUUACCUGGAAACACUGCCCCCUGAACUGGAAGGGUGUCAGUCCCUAAAACGGAGCUGUCUCAUUGUCGAGGAGAAUUUGCUCAACACGCUUCCUCCCCCCGUAACAGAACGUUUGCAGACGGGCUUAGAUAAAUGCUGACCUCAAGAGAAAACAAUUGCUCCCAGUACAGGGCUCUCGAUGAGAACCGACUCUUCCCAAGUUACAAAGCUGAACCGUGGGCGAUGACUAAAUCCAACCAAAUGUCUUAUGAAAGCAACUCAGUGUCCCUAAACGAAGCAGGUGAAAAGUAUUAACACUGACCUGAAGUUUGUGACUGGUCGACCUUUAGCGCCUGGAGACGGAGGAGGUACGGGGGAGGGUAGGUCGGGGAUCUGAAAUGACGGAAUCUCCACGUGGCAGUUUUACCUCGAGGAUCAGCUAGUCCUCUCCCUCCCUCGGUCCCCGAGACUUAUUUGCACACUUGUUUUAACUGAUUUCCUGUUCUGAUAUUUGUCGUGUGGCCCAUACACGCAUCCAUAUAAAUGGGGGACCCUCAGCGCUGUCCUUGAUUGAUCUCUUAAACAUUUGCGGGCAGGGUGCAGUGGGCUCGGCAGAAUUCCCACUUGGCUUGAUUUUUCUUUCCCGUCCCAGUUUGCUCGAAUCGUCCUGCAUCUGAUUUUCCCUUAACGACAGUGAUGACCCCUGAGCAAGUGCCCGCCUUUGGCCUUUGCCUGGAACAGAAGCAGGGACCUAGGACAUGCCACCCUCAGGGCAUCCUAAAAAAAAAUUAAUGUAUCCUCCAAAAUGUCUUCUUGUGGAUCAUGGAAGCCUUUUUUAUUUGCUACUAAUUUUAUAUUAUUAAUUGUAAAGCCUAUAAAUUGUUUCUUUCGUAUCACCUUGGAUUCAAAAUCCAUGAGAAUCGUUUUUGUAAAAGGUACAUGCUUUUCUUUAAGAGCUUACUAUUAAUAUACGUGGUUCGGGCUGCUUACGAUUCUCCUGUUUGUGUGCGUUCUGCUCCAGAAUGUUUUUGUACUCUCCAACGGAUUCAUCUGGAACAACAAAAGCCUUGUGUUUCAUGCCCUAAGAUAUUUGGGGGGGUUCCUUCUAAGAAGACGGCCACUUCCGCUACCUCUCUCUUCCCUAGUUGCUGUGCUACGGGUCCCAUUCUUCCAAAACUGUGAUGGAGGGGAGAGGUACAGGUUUGGAUCUUUAAACAUGAUUUUCAAACACUUUGUAGACAUUAAAUAAGAGUUAAUAAGCAAAAUACGUCUCCAUCUGCAUGAUCUCCAGAUACGAUUGUAAUGGAAAAUACUCAGCCUCUAUCCAGGAUUUCAGAUGAGUUCUCAAAGCUCCCGAGGAAAUAGAUCUAGUUCGCUGAAAUUCAUCUCCUGCCUUUGUCUAACUUUCCUGGAAUACAAUUUGCUCUUUUAUAUAUAUAUAUAUAUAUAUAUAUAUAAAGAGCUUUGUGUUUGGCCCUUUAUUAUCAUGCAUAUUGUUUAAGGAGUAAAAUCAACUGGCGAUUUGGGGGGAAAUGUACAUUUUCAAUGUGUGUUUCUCCAGCAGGUCUCGCAUUGUCGAUGUCAUCUUACUUUGAAUGUAAAUAGGACGUAAUCUAUUAACUGCACCUCGACAACUGGAAAACACUCUGGGGAGAGAGGACUAUAAACAUGCACUUGUGAUGUUUGGUAUGUGUUUUCUUGCUUUGUUCCUCCCAGAAAGAGGAAAGUGAGUCUUUAAAUUAUGGCAGAUGUUGCUUCCCCCACUGCCACACACCCCAGGACUGACAUUCAGAGAAAAGACUUGUUCACAUCGAGUGAAAUUUGAGUAACAGCUAUAACAAAAAAUACAAGACACCAAAAGCUGCCUAAAACGUUAUGGUUUAUUCUGGAUGAGAAGGAAGAGCGUACAAAUGUACAUCCUUACCAAAACUUGCCUUUAGUCAGAACAUUCAAGCUCUCAGGGACGCAGGCAAAACUAAUGAGACUUUCUUCUAGGACUCCAGAAAAUAGACUCUCACUACUUCUAGGGGGUUUUUUGGUUGUUAUUAUUUUCACCUUUUUUCAUGUAAGUUCACGGUCAUUGUCAGGUCUCACCUCUUUGUUUCACAGUAGAAUUGUGUGUACCAGUUCCAGCAAUGGAUUCGGAUUACCUUCUGUUUGGACCAUGAUUACUGAUAAUGGAGAUAUGUUUAAAUGUUUGGGGCCCUACAAUUAGCCAUAAUUUAUAUGAAAAACCCCACCCAUAAUUUAUAUGAAAAAUGCGGCAGCGUUUUCAAAACAAACUUCAGAUUUAUUACCAUUCCCCUGACUAGCUGCAGCCUCUCCUGGCCAGUCACUCAUUCUGUUCCCCUGAAAAAGUCACGAGCUAAAUCUUCCGUAUCACCUUUCUAAAUCUCCAGAGGGCAGUGACUCUCAGGCGUAAUAAUGAGUUUUGUAAGCUGCUUUCCAAACACCAGGUACGGCUACUGGUGCAAACUUGGCUGUUCUUGAUGCCACAGUUUUUAGUCUUCUUUUUUUUCUUUUAUUUCAAUCCUACACACCAGUGUUUAGGUAGCUUUUGAAAUGAUGUGGCCCUGAUGCCAUGAAGUCUGAGACUCCCGCUUCACAUACAGAAAUGGUAUUUGAUGCCACCUUUGCUGCACUGUCAGAGGUCCUCAUUUUGGAAGAUAAUUUUAAAUGAAGAAAAUAAAGUGUGUUCAGUUAUAAUUUUGAGACUGGAGUUGGCACUUGAUUUCUGAGAGUGUGUAGUGCAAUUGCCAAAAAUUAAUAUGGAUGUUAUUCAGAGCAAAGUUGAAGGCUUAUGCUAGCAUCGAUUCAUUUCAUUUAUAUACACACACCUGCAGAUACACAAAGAUGACCUUGCAGACACACACACACACACACCUGUGCAUGCAAAAUGUAAUUUACUAGUUUUGGAUGUGUUUCAUAUUUUUCCAAAGGUACAAGAGGUGGUCAGGUUAAGGCUAGGACAUUCACUCUUUUUUUAUUCCUUCCUUGUAUUCAGGGAGUAUUCUGUUCCAGAAAACGAAAUUCUCUACUUUGGUCAGCAAACCCAAGCUGUCCUGAGCAUCCCUGGCAAGGUGUAGUGUUGUUCCCUACCCCACAGCAGGACGUGUCUGUGUGGCAUGUAUGUUGUUCUCAUCCUUCAUCCCCAGUCUUCAGUUUUCCCCUGGAUGUCACUGCAUGUCACUGUCACCUAGCAAACGUUUGUGUUAAACAGGGUAUGUAGAGAGCCUCAGGAUCUCAGCGCUGUGGCAGAGCUCCAGCUUGUGCGCCGUGGUGAGCUGCCGUCAGUUAUUUGUGUACCAUUAUUGUCUGUGAGUGAACAUCUUUGUUUCUGUUCUCCAGGUGUCUCAUGAUUCAAAUUUUAUGUUUAAUUGAAAUACCACAUAAUAUUGAUGCGUUCAGAAACCAUUAAAAGAAUCAAACAAUU